GUCCCAGUUUGAUGGCAUUUUCGCUUUGAUGCUUUACCAUAUCCCCAUCUUCCCAAAUCAUCCAAUUCUGUGCCUUCCAUCCCUCUCACCUCUCUUUCCAUUUGCUCCAAUUCAACAAUGGAAGGCUCUGCCAAUGAAAGACUUGAUUUUGGGAAGAUGGGUUAUGGAUGCAAGCAUUAUAGGAGAAGAUGCAAGAUUAGAGCUCCCUGCUGCAACGAAGUCUUCGAUUGUCGUCAUUGUCACAAUGAAUCCACGAGCACGUUGAGCAGCCCCUUUGAUCGGCACGAACUUGUUCGGACUGAUGUUAAGCAAGUUAUUUGCUCAGUUUGCGAUACAGAGCAGCCAGUGGUACGUGUCUGUACCAAUUGUGGAGUCAAUAUGGGAGAAUAUUUCUGCGAAGUGUGCAAAUUCUACGAUGAUGAUAUUGACAAAGGGCAGUUUCAUUGUGACGAUUGUGGGAUCUGCAGAGUUGGUGGUCGUGAGAAUUUUUUUCACUGCAAGAAGUGUGGAUCAUGCUAUGCAUUGGGUCUGCUUGAUAAUCACUUAUGUGUGGAAAACUCCAUGCGGCACCACUGUCCUAUAUGUUAUGAGUAUCUCUUUGACUCACUGAAAGACACCACUGUUAUGAAAUGUGGGCACACAAUGCACCGUGAAUGUUACCUUGAGAUGAUGAAGCAUGACAAAUAUUGCUGUCCCAUAUGCUCCAAAUCAGUUAUUGACAAGUUUAGAAGUUGGAAGAUUAUAGAAGAGGAGAUUGAAGCAACCGUCAUGCUCGAGGAUUUUCGGUAUAAGAAGGUUUGGAUUCUAUGUAAUGACUGUAAUGACACAACUGAAGUUUUCUUCCACAUAGUUGGGCAGAAAUGCAGCCACUGCAAAUCAUACAAUACACAGACAAUUGCACCUCCGAUCCUUCCUCAAUGAUUGGUUCAUGCUUCUGAGGCAACAUUUUGCUAGUGGCUGAGGAAGAAAUAGGGUGUGUUUCUAGGUGCAAUGAAAGCUAUUGCCAGAGCGAGAAAGAGGGGGGCAUUUCUAGCUGCAUCUUCAAACCCCCCCCCCCCCCCCCCCCCCCCCUUCAUUUUAUACGAUUAAAAGCCAUUGCAUUAUGAUUGAAACUGUAUUGUUUGUUUGCAUCCUUCACAAAAGUUUCUCACGUAUUCUUCCUUGAAACCCAUUGGAAUGACUGAGGGUUACUACUGUACACUUAAAUGUAGACUCUAAUAGGAAAGUGCGCGACUAUAGGAAGUGGUUCUGUUAUUCUGUUAAUCCUUCUUGUCAUGGUCUGUACUAUGUGGUUAUAAAAAUAUUGAUGCAUUGUGGUUUGUUGAUGAAAAUGUGAAGCAAUAUGAUAUGAUAUUGCACUCCAAUAAAUGUGUAUUUCUCUAAA